AUGACCGUCGACGUUAUUGACAAGACUUUGUCGGCGCAAGGCCAGGACCAUGAGGCGCAGGCAGACGUCGAGCGGCCGUCGCUGCUGCGCAAGGUCCUUCGCAUGGGCCGCGUCGAGGAGAACGGCAUCCGUCCGCUGGCCGUCGAGGAGCGCACCAACACGCGCUUCUUCAACAUCUUUACCGUCUGGUUCUCCAUCAACUCCAACAUUCUCGGAAUCUUCUUUGGCAUGCUCGGCCCGACCAUCUACGGCCUCAGCCUGCGGGACUCGGCCCUCGUCAUCGUCUUCUUCGGCCUCGUCACCACCAUCCCGCCCGGCUACCUCACCGUCUGGGGUCCCAAGACGGGCAUGCGGCAGAUGGUCCAGGCUCGCUACAGCUUCGGCCGGUACGCCGUCUCGAUCCCGGUGCUGUUCAACCUCGUCACCAUGAUGGGCUUCACCGUCAUCGUCCUCGUCCUCGGCGGCCAGUGCCUGUCGGCCGUGUCCGACGGCCGGCUGACGGCGACGGUCGGCAUCGUCAUCAUCGCCGUGCUGUCGCUGCUCGUCUCCUUUGCCGGCUUCAAGGUGCUCCACGCCUUCGAGACGUACGCCUACCUCGUCGCCCUCGUGAGCAUCCUCGUCACCGUCUGCAUCGGCGGCAGGGACCUCGACGAGCAGUGGGAGCCGCCGCAGCCGCCGCGGGCGCGCCAGGUGCUCGACUUUGGCAUGGUCGUGGCGAGCUACCAGAUCCCCUGGGCGCCGCUCGCGAGCGACUUCACCACCUACUUCGACCCCAAGGUGCCCUCGUGGCGCGCCUUCCACUAUGCCUACUGGGGCCUCCUGCUGCCGACCGUCGUGCUCAUGAUCCUCGGCGCGGCCAUCGGCGGCGCGCUGCCGCUGCACGCCGACUGGACGCUGCAGUUCCACGAGAACCUCGUGGGGGGCGUCCUCUCGGCCAUGCUCGCGAACGUGCACGGCUUUGGCAAGUUCCUCGUCGUCGUGCUGUGCCUGACGCUGCUCGGCAACACCUGCGGCACCUUUUACGCCAUCACCCUCAACCUGCAGACGCUGGCGCCGGGGCUCUCGAGGGUGCCGCGGUACGUCUUCUCCAUCGUCACGACGGCCAUCAUCGUGCCCAUCGCCUCGCUGGCGCUCGGCAACUUUCUGCAGAACCUCGAGAACUUCAUCGCCCUCAUCGGCUACUGGUCGGCCGCCUUUGUCGCCGUCGUCAUGACGGAGCAUCUCGUCUUCCGUCGGGGGCGCUUCGAUUCGUACGACCCGGCCGCGUGGAACAAGGCGAGCCUCCUGCCGUGGGGAGCGGCGGCCAUGGGCGCCUUUGUCGUCGCCUUUGGCUGCGUCGUGCCGUUCAUGAACACCAAGCUGUGGACGGGACCGGUUGGCGAGAAGACGGGCGACAUCGGCUUCGAGGUGGCCUUUUUCGUCGCCGCGCUGGCCUACCUGCCGCUACGCUGGCUCGAGAGGCGCGUGUCGGGGCGGUGA